AUGAUAGAAGGCUACUAUAUUCUACAGCAAGAUAUUUUUUCUCCACAGGUGAUAAACAUGGAGGUGAUGAAUGAGACAUGCACAGAUGCAUAUGAUUAUUAUGACAACCCAGAAGACUGCACUAAAGAUUAUCCAGAUGAUAACGAAUAUAUCUGUAACCUGAAUCCCAACCGUGAUAUGGAGAUAGUCAUACAGACCUUCGUCCAUUCCAUCAUCUGUGCAUUCGGUCUCUGCGGCAAUGCAUUGGUGAUAGUCACAUAUGCCUUCUACAAGAAAGCCAAGACCAUGACGGACGUGUACCUUCUGAACGUGGCGGUGGCAGACCUGCUGUUCAUCGUGGCCCUGCCUCUCAUCAUUUACAAUGAGCAGCAUUACUGGAGCAUGGGCUCAGUGGCCUGCAAGGUACGAAGUUUUCACAGUUCCUAAUGAAGUUCCCAAUACAGGUUCUAAAGUUCAAAAGUUGGUCAUGUUACUGUGAAGUGAAAGUCACAUUUCCACAUUGCAUGGACAAUGUUUUUCUUCUUUUUAUUUUAAUUUCUAAGGUUUUGCGAGGAGCCUACAGCAUCAACCUGUACAGUGGCAUGCUCCUGCUGGCCUGCAUCAGUGGAGACCGCUACAUCUCCAUCGUCCAGGCCAGGCGCUACUUUGGCCUCCACUCCCGGACCCUGAUCUACAGCCGCCUAAUCUGCACAGCCAUCUGGGCUCUGGCCGUAGCCCUGUCCGUCCCCACAGUCAUCUACAACGAGCGGGUUGAGGAGACCAUCUGGCCGGAAGAGACUAUAACCGUGUGCCAGGCGCAGUUUGAAAGUAACAGGACUGCCCGGUUGAUUAAGGUGCUGGUGCCUAGCCUGCAGGUGGCCAUGGGGUUCUUCCUGCCCCUCCUGGUCAUGGUCCUCUGCUAUGCCAGCAUCGUCUGGACCCUACUGAGGGCCCAAAGCACCCAGAGACAGAAGGUUCAGUCAUAGUUCCAGUCAUAGAAUUAGAAUGUUUAAUUCUAAGAAUAUAUUUGUGUCCAAGUUAAUGUUUCUUAUAGGGCCAAUUAAGUUGAUCUCAUCUUAUCUUCUCUUCAGGCGGUGCGUGUGGUCCUAGCCGUGGUGGUGGUCUUCAUCGUGUGCCACCUGCCCUACAACGUGGCACUGCUCUAUCAUACGGUGGCGCUGUUCCAGCAAAGGGAGUGUGAGGUAGAGAAGGUCAUCCUCACCACCCUCACCAUCACCAGGAGCCUGGCCUACCUCCACUGCUGCCUCAACCCCAUCCUGUACGCCUUCAUCGGGGUCAAGUUCAGGAGCCACUUCAGGAAGAUCCUGGAGGACCUGUGGUGCCUGGGCAGGAAGUACAUCUACCCCUCUAGACGCUCCUCACGCAUGACCUCUAACCUCUAUAUCCCAGCACACAAGUCCACCAACGGAUCCAACAAAUCCAACGAGAAUGGCUCGUCGUUUACCAUGUGA